AUGAAGGAUUAUGAGGAAACCAUCACCUUUUUGGGAGAAUGGGGUCAUUUUCAAAGAAUGGUUUUCAUUGUCUUGAGUCUAGGUUACAUUCCCAUUGGAUUUAUGUCCCUAGCAAUGGUCUUCCUGGGAGACACUCCUCCUCAUCACUGCAGAGUUCCAUCACUGAACAGCAGCUAUGGAGGACUGGGCUACAAUCUGUCCAUCCCGACUGAGGAGCUGAAAGGGGAGACCAUCCUGAGUCGCUGCAGACGCUACACUGAACAGGAAGAGUCUGGCUCUACCUACAGCAAUGACACAGAGGGCUGUGUGGAUGGCUGGGUGUUCAGCAAGGAGAUGUAUGUGUCCACUAUUGUCACUGAGUGGAAUCUGGUAUGUGAUGAUGCAUGGAAGGCUCCCUUUACUAUAACUGUGUUCUUCACUGCAGUGCUGGUUGGAUCUUUUUGUGCAGGACUUUUGGCGGACAGGUUUGGCAGGAAGAUCACUUUCGUUUCCACAAAGGCCAUGGAGACUCUCAUCUACCUACUCCUGGCUUUCUCUAACAGCUGGGAAAUAUUCUGUGUGAUUUACUUUCUUCUCGGAGUGAUGAAGACCGCCUCUUGCUGUGCCUGCUUUGUACUGGGUUCAGAGCUCCUCAGUAAAUCAGCACGUGAGAGUUUUGGGAUCCUGGGGGUCAGCCUGUGCUUCGCAACUGGCUAUGCCUUCCUUCCACUCUAUGCAUACUUCAUUCGGGAUUGGAGGACACUGCAGAUAGGACUGUCUCUGUUCGGAUUUCUAUAUAUGCCCCUCUGUUGGUUCAUCCCAGAGUCCCCCCGCUGGCUCAUCACUCAGGGCCGGUUGCAGGAGGCAGAGGCCAUCAUUCGAGCUGCUGCCAAGAGGAACGGCAUCACGCCACCAGAGGAGAUCUUCCAGUUGGAGCAUAGUGCUGACACUGAGGAAACUGAUCAAGAAUCCAAAGGUCGGGACAAGUACACUUUCUUUGAUCUUCUAAGAACUGCAAAUCUAAGGAACAUCACACUUAUAUGCAUCAUGAUGUGCUUUACAAAAUCCCUGAUGUACUACGGCCUGUCCUUAAACACCUCCAACCUGGAUGGAGAUCCUUACCGCAACUGCUUAAUUUCUGCUGGCACAGAAUUCCUUGGUUAUACUUUGGUGUGGUUCGAGGCACGUUAUGCUCCUCGCCGGGUCAUUCUGCCAUUCGCUUUUCUGCUUGGAGGUUCUUUGCUGCUGCUCAUCCAGUUUGUGCCCACAGAGCUCAGUUGGUUGACUGUGACUUUGGCAAUGACAGGAAGACUGGUUGUGAUCGGGGUCUAUACAUUUAUUGAUGUCUAUUCCACGGAACUCUUCCCCACUGUCGUCCGCAACAUGGGAUUGGGUGUCUGCACUAUGGCCUCUGGAAUUGCAAGUGCUGUCUCACCGUACAUAGCCCAUAUUGGUACAUAUAACAAGACACUACCUUUUAUUCUGAUGGGCACAAUCUCCCUCUUCUCUGGUGGUCUGAGCCUGUUGUUACCAGAGACAAAAGGAGAAGAACUCAAACAGCUCAUCACCCAAGUUAAACCUAUCCGGUGCCUGGUCAUGGCUCCCUCUCCUGAAGCAGACAGCCUCUCCUACUCCACUGACCGUGGCAGAGAGACAGGCGUGGGCUACCCUAGUGCGACCUCUGCUGGAGAUAUCAAGAAAAACAUGCUUGAUGAGGAAGUGUAUUUUACAAGAAUCUCCUGCUAA